AUGGAAUCACCGAACCCACCCUCCACGACCGAAUCUUCGGGCGAAACAAGCCCCGUCAUUACGGCAGUAUCUGCUAGAUACCGCGCCGCUUGGCCUCAACUUCGCCGCGGGCCACUUGAGAGGUCACGAGCCUCACUGCCAGCUGCCGUUGAGGCACGCCAAGGCGAGAUCGAAUUACUGGCGACGAAGAUUCUUCGCGAUUUUCAUCUAAUCAACGAUGGCGAAUAUGACGGAGUAGAACUUGUACAGAUGGAAUCAAGUUCGUACACAAGUAUCCCAACAAUUGCCAUUUGUGCAUCAUGGUCCGAAGACAAGCAAGGGCUCUGGGUAUCAGCUGUCCAAGCAAUUGCUAUGGAACUGUAUAAGAUGUAUAAGGGCUCCGAUUUUAACUACGAGAGUAUCUACAUCGAUAUGCAGUCGCCUGAGCUCACACAGACCGUGUAUUAUGGCCCAGUUGAUCGUGAUGACCUGUGCCAAACUUGGGACAGUAUCCGAAAAAUCGUCUACCAGCGUCUCGAAUCGUUCGAAGCAACAGCAGACUGCAUGCGCUUUAUAUGUCUUUUUAAUUACGGCAUACUGGAAGAGAUUAACGACAAUCCACCUACUAUUUUUAUAAGUGUGGAUGACAAGUCCUCUGAGACAGGAUGGCUUCGAGUUAUUAACGACAUCAAAUCGAACAUCAGCAGACACGGCGGCCAAAGCUGGAUGGAUGUCAAUGUACACAUUGAGCACAUCGUCGAAUGGAACACUUUUCUCGACUAA